UCGCUCAACGUGACAUUUCACUGUCUCCCAUUCCGCCAUGACAGGAAGAAUGAUGGUGUGUGUUUUGAUGUUGUUUGCUGUACAAGAAGCAGCAGGGACGGAUCUGAACCAUGCUCUGCGGAAGCCAACAACUUCCAGUACUGUCCAAUAUCAAGGUCCAAGUGUCGCUGUUGAUGGCAAGAAUGGCACGCACUGGGAUUCUCAUAGUUGUUUCUCUGUAAACUUCUCCGAUCGAGAUCACUGGUGGCAAGUGGACCUUCAGUACCAGGUCUUAGUGAAGAUGAUCACUGUGUCAUCGAGGUCGGACUGCUGUCCUGAGAGGUUGCACGAUUUUUCCGUGGACGUGUACGAUAUAGAUCCCUCCGUCAAUCCACAUGCUAUUGCAAAACAAUGCUACUUCUACUCGGGCAAUGUGACGUCUCCUGGGGUCACAGUCACAGUGACCUGCACGAGGCCCGUUAAUGGGCGGUAUCUUCGUCUCACAGGGAAGAACAGAAGAGAUAAUGGUGAUGUGCUACAGUUCUGUGAAAUACAAGUCUUUGGGGAUAAGCAAACACACUUCAGUUCAUGCUCGACGCUCAAACCUCAGCGUGGUAAACGGUUCAGCAGUGCUUUCGUUCAGGAUCUACAGUCGGAUAUCGACGACCCCGCAGCUUGUGCCUCGGUCUGUGAAAGGGACAUCCGCUGCACCGGUUUCAACUUUAGGUUGACGAAACGUACAUGCCAGAUGGUGCAUGACACAGAGAUUGGGGCAGCGGUUGCUGAUGCUUCCUGGAACUGUUAUCAGUACGAACCAUGUUGGGUGCCUUGUCCUGCAGUUUAGCCACUGCCCAGUACAUAAGUGCUUCAUUAUCA